AUGGGGAAGCUCCACGAUGAAGGGGUCCCCGAGGCCGUACCGCUAACUCGACAGAGGUCGGCCUCUGCCGCAUCUCAAACCUCUUCUGAUUCCGGGCUGUCGGUCGCGUCCGCAGCCUUCCUCGACGCUCACAAGGGGGAGAUAAUGGGUGACGACGGAGAGGCACCAUACCGCGAUGUCGAAGACGGCGCCGAACCUGCCUCCGAUGAACCAUUCCUACACCCCCGGAAGAAGCCCGCGUCGAGCAAUCGCAUGCGCCGAAUCCUCUGGUUUCUUGGUAUCCUCUGUGUCGGCGGCUGGGUGGUCGCGUUCGUGCUCUUCCUCACGCAGAAACGUCCCAGUGCUGCUGCACUUUCCUCCACCUCGACCGUCGAAAUCCAUGAUCCGGAGUCCGCGACUGGUGGUACAAGCUAUGGGAGGCCUGUCACCCUCGAGCAGGUGUUGAAGGGGGAAUGGCUCCCGGCAUCGCACGCGAUCUCCUGGAUUGUGGGGCCGAAGGGCGAGGAUGGACUGUUGGUUGAGCAGGGAGGAAGUGGGAAGGGAUACCUGCGCGUGGAGGAUAUUCGCAGCCGCAACGACGAGGCCAAAAGCUUGGAUACCAGAGUGUUGAUGGAGAAGUCAUACGUCUGGGUCAAUGGGGAACUAGUGUCACCGGCGAAGACAUGGCCGAGUCCCAACCUGGAGAAGGUCUUGAUCGCAUCCAGCAUUCAGUCGAACUGGCGACAUUCGUUUUAUGCGAAGUACUGGAUCUUCGACGUAGCGACGCAAAAGGCCGAGCCGCUUGACCCUGGUAAUUUGGACGGUCGCGUGCAGCUUGCCAAGUGGUCUCCCCAGUCCGAUGCCGUUGUUUUUGUUCGGGAGAACAAUGUAUACCUGCGCAAGCUCUCGUCGACAAAGGUGAUCCCAAUCACUAAGGACGGCGGAGCGGACCUCUUCUACGGCGUCCCGGACUGGGUAUAUGAAGAAGAAGUCUUCUCUGGCAACAGUGGUACUUGGUGGUCCGCCGAUGGCAAGUAUCUUGCUUUACUGCGGACUGAAGAGUCCGAUGUACCCGAGUAUCCAGUUCAAUACUUCCUCUCUCGACCUUCCGGCAAGACUCCUCCCGCUGGGCUUGAGAACUACCCCGAAGUUCGCCAGAUCAAGUAUCCCAAGGCCGGGGCACCGAACCCCGUUGUUCACCUGGAGUUCUAUGACGUGGACAAAGAUGAACUGUUCUCUUUCGACAUGCCCGAGGAUUUCGCCGAUGACGACCGCAUCAUCAUUGAAGUUGUUUGGGCGUCCGAGGGCAAGGUUCUCAUCCGUGAGACCAACCGUGAGAGCGACGUGGUCAAGAUCUUCUUGAUGGACACGAAGACUCGCUCGGGAAAGCUCGUUCGCUCUGAAUAUGUUGCAAGUAUAGACGGCGGCUGGGUUGAACCCUCGCAGACAACGCGUUUCAUCCCCGCAGACCCAGAAAAUGGCCGACCGGACGAUGGAUACGUCGAUACCGUGGUUUAUGAGGGCUAUGAUCACCUCGCUUACUUCGCGCCACUCGAGAACCCGGCGCCUGUGAUGCUCACCCAGGGAGACUGGGAAGUGGUCAGCGCGCCAUCCGCUGUGGAUCUUGACCGAAACCUGGUAUACUUCGUCGCGACGAAGGAGGCACCCACCCAGCGCCAUGUGUAUCAAGUCAAGCUUGAUGGAUCAGAUCUUCGACCAUUGACUGAUACCUCCAAAUCCGGAUACUUCGAGAUCUCCUUCUCAGAAGGCGCCGGCUAUGCUUUACUCAGCUCGAAGGGUCCCGCUGUCCCCUGGCAGGCGGUGAUUAACACCCAGGGUGACAAAAUGGAAUACGAGGCGGUCAUCGAGAGGAACUCCAAGCUUGUGGAGAUGGUCGAAGACUAUGCACUCCCAGCAGAGGUGUACACCAACGUCACCAUCGACGGCUAUACUCUCCAAGUGCUAGAGCGCCGACCCCCACACUUCAACCCAGCCAAGAAAUACCCUGUCCUAUUUUAUUUAUACGGCGGGCCCGGCUCCCAGACCGUUGACCGCAAAUUCACGGUUGACUUCCAAUCCUAUAUUGCCUCCAGCUUGGGCUAUAUUGUCGUCACGGUGGAUGGCCGAGGAACUGGUUUCAUUGGACGUGAAGCGCGCUGUAUCGUCCGCGGUGAUCUGGGCCACUACGAAGCGCGCGACCAGAUUGAAGCUGCUAAGAUCUGGGCUAACAAGAGAUAUGUGGACGAAUCUAGGAUGGCGAUUUGGGGAUGGAGCUUUGGCGGUUUCAUGACCCUCAAGGUCCUUGAGCAGGAUGCAGGUCAGACAUUCCAGUAUGGCAUGGCCGUGGCACCUGUCACGGAUUGGAGAUUCUAUGACUCCAUCUAUACCGAACGCUAUAUGCACACCCCCCAGCACAACCCCUCGGGCUACAACAACGCAAGCAUCACCGACGCCGCGGCACUGGGAGAGAACGUCCGAUUCAUGAUAAUGCACGGCGUGUCAGACGACAACGUCCAUCUCCAGAAUACACUCGUCUUGCUCGACAAGCUGGACUUGGCGAACAUCGACAAUUAUGACAUGCAGGUGUUCCCUGAUUCAGACCACGGUAUCUUCUUCCACAACGGACACACCCUGGUAUUUGAACGUCUCUCGAGCUGGCUCAUCAAUGCGUUCAACGGCGAAUGGCACCGCAUCGCCAACCCCAAACCGGAGGAGUCGGCGUGGAGCAGAGUGAAGCGCUGUCUGCCUAGUUUCUCCGGGUGGUAA